CUUUGUUAACAAGGUCUGGCAUGGAGCAACUCACUUCCACUGUGGUCAACGCUAACUUCUCUACUGCAGGACAUUUGUCGCAGCACCCUUGGAAUACCAGUAAUCUCGUCACUGCGGUGGUGUUGUCCAUCUGUUUUUUCCUGGGAGUUUCUGGAAACAUCGCAGUGUUAAUACUCAAGCCCAACUGGCAGAACAUGUCCAGUCUGAGCCAGAGUUUAAUGCUGAAUCUGGCCAUUUCUGACCUGCUCAGUCUGCUGACCCUUCCACUUUGGAUUUAUGCGUUUCUGUUUGGCUGGAAAUUUGACCUGGUGCCAUGUAAACUUUUAGCAUACGUCGUGUACUGCAGCAUUUAUGCCAGCCUGCUGACUGUGUCUGGACUAAGCAUCCAGCGCUACCUUGUUGUGGUGCGACAAAGAAGGUGCCAUCAGGUAAAAAGGAGAGUUCUGCUGUUCACGCUCUGGUUGGUUGCCAGUAUCCUGGCCAUCCCUGCUUUGGUGGUUCAGAAUCUGCAAACCGAUCAGCAAUGGAUUAUUUGCAAAGGACAGUAUUCUUCUGAUGCCCAGUGGGUGGCUGUUCUGCUGACAGAGACUGUGUUUGGAUUCAUUUGUUUUAUUCUCGUGGCAUUUUCAUAUGUCUGUCUUCAAAAAAGGGUUAACCAGUCAGUCUUUUUUAACAACCCACAGACAACCCGACUAUUAACCAGUAUCAUCGUCAGUUUUUUUGUUCUGUGGGCUCCAUAUCAUACAACAAAUGUGCUGGGAGUGGCAGCAAUAUGUUUGAAGAACGACAAUUUGCUCAACUUUUGCGAUGAAACCUGGAAUAUUUGUGGAGCAGUGACAUUUAUUAACAGUUGUCUAAAUCCACUCCUGUAUGCAUUCACUUCUCAUAAGAUGUGCAGUGUUUGCAGAAAAACAGAAGACCUGCAGCAGAGGUUCAGAAAUUCCCAGGCAGAGAUAAGUACAAUUACAGAAACUUGAUAACAACAAAAAUAUGUUUUGACACCUUUUAAGCAAAACAGAAAUGUUUCUUUCACAGGCAAAAGCGUUUUUGUUUUAUCUUUUAUGUGCAAUGUCAGAUUACUUUUUUCAGAGCAGGUUAUAGAGCACUUUUGUUAAUCACUUGUGAAAAUAAAUCAUGGCGCAAAAGAUCUUUAUGAAAAUGUUACUUAGUCUGAGAGAUUUUUGUCUUAUCUAUUUUUU